AUGAAGAUUGAUUUUGCGCCCUUGGACGUGCCCAUCCACAGGAGGCUGCAGACUGGCGCCGUGCUGCUGUGGGUCUUCUCCUUCCUCGGUCUGGCACCCACCUGCAUCUUCCUGUUCUUCUACCUGCUCUUCACUCGCUACUGGCUGAUCAGCGUGCUGUACGCCGUCUGGUGGUACUACGACUAUGACACUCCUGCACGCGGAGGCCGCAGGGUGCCCUUCCUGUGCGACCUCAAAAUUUGGAAGCACAUGCGGGAUUAUUUCCCCAUAAAGUUGGUGAAGACGGCCGACUUGGAUCCCAAACACAACUACGUCCUGGGCUUCCAUCCUCACGGCAUCCUGGUGGCAGGAGCCUUCACCAACUUCUGCUCCUAUGCCACAGGCUUCAGGCAGCUGUUUCCAGGCCUCACCAGCUACAUGCUCAUGCUGCCGCUGUGGUUCAGAGCCCCGUUCUUCAGAGACUACAUCAUGUGUGCAGGUCUGAUACCGUCGGACAAAGAGAGCGCCACCUAUCCGCUCUACAGCAAACGUGGAGGCAACGCUGUUGUAAUAGCAGUCGGUGGGGCACCAGAGUCCCUUGAUGCCCACCCAGGAACCUACAACGUACUCUUGGCUCAUAAGAAAGGCUUCAUCAAAAUGGCCAUGGAGCAGGGAGCUCAUCUGGUGCCGGUCUUCUCCUUUGGAGAGAAUGAAGUGUUUGAUCAGGUGGAAAACCCACGAGGAACCUGGCUCCGAUGGACACAGGAACGGCUGCAAAGCAUCAUGGGUGUCGCCCUGCCUCUCUUCCACGCUCGUGGGGUUUUCCAGUACUCCUUUGGUCUGAUGCCCUACAGAAAGCCCAUCUCUACAGUCAUCGGACGGCCAAUUAAGGUGGAGAAGAAGAAGAAGCCGACCGCCGAGGAACUCGAUGCCCUCCACCAGCUGUACAUGGACGAGCUCAGCAAUCUGUUCGAGGAGCACAAAGGCGACUACGGCGUGGACAAAGACACACACCUGAACUUUGUCUGAACUGGACCAGGGAUGGAAAUCGAAUGCCUAUUUAUUUGUUGAGCUCUGGUGCUGCUCUGUGAAGCUGCUCUCAAUGGGCCU